ACUUUUUCCAUGGCCGUCCAUCGUGGUCAAAGCCAAAGAGCUUAAUCAAACUGCAGUUGAGAGGCAUGUUGUCUCCCCUCCGGUGAUCGAUUCUUUCUUUCCGCACCGCACCACCAUUACUCUCGCCCUUUUCCCGACCGCCUCCCCCCAUCUCCUCGCUUAUGCCGUCGUCACCAUGGCUGCGACGAAACCCGCGUACGAUCCGUUGCGCAUCGUCGAAGGCAUGUUCAACGGGUCCGUCACGCGCAUCGCGUAUGCCAUGAAAGACCCUGUCAACUAUGCGCAAUCUACACGAGCGGUCCUCGUCGAAACCGCGAAGAAAUUCCAAGAUGCGCUUGACGACUGCGAAGUACAAAUCCUCGACGCCAAGUGGUACUUAGAAAAUAAGCUGGCCCAAAACCGAGCGCGUCGAGAAGCAAAAGCAAAAGAAGACAGCGCAGCCACUGCGAAGAGAAAACGUGACGAAGUCGAGGGCACGCAGGAAAAGACACAGGAGGCUGAACAAGAGACGGCGUCCAAGCGCAUCAAAACAGCCGAACCAGACGCAGCUGCGCAGACACAACCACAACCUCCUCCUUCUAAACCAAAAGAAUCUCCGCCCAAACCCUCGAAAACCCCUACGAAAGCCCAGACGUCUCCCAAGACAGCGAAAAAGACCGCUCCAGCCAAGCAGGCCGAGAAACAGCCCGCUUCGACCAAGCCUGACAAGAAAAAGUCCCAGUCUCCUUCUAUACCGGUCAAGGUGCCAGAGAAACCAUUCGAGAACCCUCCUCCACCAGUACCUGAACCCAAGCCAACGCUCCUCAAUUUUGACGACUUCCCCAAAGCCACUCCGCAGGAUAUGUCUGCUGGCGGAAAUGAUGAUUUCAACUUUACAUCCAUGUUCGGUGAACCGUCGGCGGACAUGAUUAACAACCCCGGCAACGACAUAAACUUUGACAUGAACAAUCUCGGGGACGGGUUCGACGCCUCUGUGGCCCAAGAUUCCUCCUUGACGUCCCUGCUUCCAGGCCUAGAGUCGUAUGCAAACCAGGCGGGUGAUGAUACCUUCAACAUGCCCCCAGCGGACAACGGCAUGUCAGGCACCGCACCAGCCGACAUCACUCAACCGGCACAACUCAAUCCGAACGACUUCAGUCUUCCAGCUCUCGGACCCAACGAGUUCGACGAGCUCCUCAACUCAAGCGACAUGAAUUUUGAUGACGCCGUCAAUUUCGACAGCACCGGUAUGAUGAAUAUGGACAACAUGGACAAUAUGGAUAACAUGGAGAAUAUGGAGAACAUGGACCUCGAUUUCGACAGCAUGUUCGCCUGAAACUAUUAUAGAUUGGCUUCCGGGUGCUUAUAGUAUUGUACAAGUUUGAGCAGAUGCGUCCUUAUGGGGUUUGUCCUUGUGUCAGUGCACAUGUGCCAGGUUCGCCAACAAACAACUCUGGCUCUACGGCCUACGGUACGAAUGCAUUUGGUGGAUUUUUGAACAUUGCGGGAUGAAGACAGAAAAGGAAAGGAGUCCAAGGGGGACAUUUGUACAUUGUACUGCGUUGGGAUAUCUACCUACAUUGAAGCGCAGGCGUUGACGGAUUUGGGGGGAUCGUGCGUGCAUCUAUCCCAUGAUGAUGUUAUCCGAGACACGGUGGUUAUGGUGUUUUGGGUCUUGCUUUGGCUUUUGUUUUCUCUUCAAGAUACCCUCAACAUUUUUAGCAUAGGUACUGACCUCUGCGCACACACGAAGAUCUUGGUUAUUGUACUGGGGACGGUAGCAGCAGUAGCAGCAGUGAAGCGGACAAAAAGUACUCCGGAUAUUACAUGUACAACAAGAAUGACAUUGCCGUGACC